AUGGCUGAUAUGUUUGAACAUGGAGCCUUCCUAGAUUCACUACAGAUCCCUAUCAUCUCCAAUGCCUCAACGCAUGUACCGCUCACCACCGUUGAAUCACAGGUCAUGCAAAUUUGGGACGCAACGGUGAUCAAUUCAAUUUGGAAUGCGGAGAGUGUCUUCCUUUACUGUUAUCCUAUGUCUGAAGCUGAGUUCACGAAAAAAAGUGGGAAGUAUAACUCCGACCUACAGGCGUGGGUCGAUCAGGACGACGGGUACGGAUGUUACUUGCAAGGAAUAAGUGACUUUAGCGAAGUCUAUGUCUACGGCACGCCACCUGGAUAUAAGAACUUGGCCACUAGCACUUACCCUUUCUCCAUUCCAGAUGUCAUCAAGGGAAGCUAUGCGAGCUUUGUCCAAGGGGGCUUCAAUUACACUCCCUCCGUGGAAGUGAACGUCGAUACGGUUGCAUCUUUGACAGCAGGGGAUAUUAACGACGGGAAUUUGUGGACCAUGCCUGGAAUGUGGAAUCUCUGGAUUUGUGAUCCGCAUUCUAAGUGGAGCAUCGAUGAGUUCUACGAUAAUAUGAAUGACGAAGGGUAUGGCUGGACUGCAAGAGCAGUUCCCAAAGCCAGGCGCUGA